GCGUAUCAAAUACUCAGGACAUUCAGGCACAUGUAAAAAAAGCCAUUGAAGGAAAAUAUCCCUUAUACAAUCUUGGUUUUGGCUAUGGUGUUGACUACAGCUUCUUGGAGAAGAUGGCACUGGAGAAUAAAGGAUUGGCCCGUCGGAUUUAUCCUGACUCUGAUGCAGCUUUACAGCUUCAGGGGUUUUAUGAUGAGGUGUCGAAUCCCAUGCUCACUGAUGUGGAGUUAAACUACCCAGAAAAUGAAAUAUCAGACCUAACUAAAAACAGUUUUAAGCAUUUCUAUGAUGGGUCUGAGAUUGUGGUGGCUGGGCGCUUUAUAGAUAGCAACCAAAACAGUUUGACUGUAGAUGUGAGAGGUGAAGGCGCUAAUGAUGCCCUGUCAUAUACUACACAACAAGAUGCUGAGCAAACAGCUAAAGCUUUCCAAGAACAAGAAUACAUAUUUGGAGAUUACAUUGAAAGGCUCUGGGCUUAUCUCACCAUUGAACAACUCCUGGAAAAACGUAUUGCAGCUACAGGAGAAGAAAAGGAGAAUCUUACAGCAGAAGCCCUGGAUCUCUCACUAAAAUACAAGUUUGUAACACCACUGACAUCCAUGGUGGUAACAAAGCCAGAAGACCUUGACAAUCAAGAUGGGAUUGCCGAUAAACCCAUUGAAGCACAGGCUGUCACAGCUGUCACGCUGGCAGCUCCACAGCCGUAUUACCAAUAUACGUCACACCCCACAUGGUAUACUAGCGUUGAUGGAGAUCCACACUUCAUUAUAUCGGUGCCACAAAAAGAAGAUGCCAUUUGUUUCAAUAUCAAUGAAACCCCGGGUGCUGUGUUAAAUUUAAUAAAUGACCCAGUUACAGGCAUCACAGUCAAUGGAGAACUCAUUGGUGAUAAGAGAGCAAAUAGUGAUGCAAAGAUCCAAAACACAUAUUUUGGAAAACUUGCCAUUACAAAUAAGGACCUGGAUUUAAAAUUGACAGUAACUCCUGAGAAGAUCACAAUUCAGAAUGGCAAUGAAAAAACAGGUUUCACCUGGCUUGACUCUGUCACCUUGAAACAAGAAGGUUUAACUUUGAUAAUUAACAGGAAGAAAAAUCUGGUGCUCUCAAUGGCCAGCAGUGCCUCAUUUGUUAUUGUUUUGCACCAAGUAUGGAAGAAACAUCCUCUCCACCAAGACUUCCUAGGACUGUAUACAUUGGAAAGUGAUAAACUGUCUGAACAGACCCAUGGAUUAUUAG